AUGUUUGCUGGCAUUUUCUUUUUCUCUCAACAACUCAUUCCCUUAUUUUCCCCUCAGACUUUCUAUCCCUCUUUCAUUAGCUCACUUUUUCUCUGUUUUUCUCUGUCUCUCUUGAUUACUCACUCUUUCUGUCCAACAUAUUUUCUGUCUAUCUUUUACAUUAGCUCUCUCUUUCUGUCUCUCUCUCUCUCUCUCUCUCUCUCUCUCAUUGAUUCACUCAUUCUCUCUCAAUCCUUUUCUCUCUCUGUUUGUCUCUCCCAAUUCAUUCUUUUUGUCUCUCUCUCUCUCUCAUUGAUUUUUUAUUCACUCUCUCUCACCAGCUCAUACUUUCUCACUGUCUCUUUAUUUGUUUCUCUCACUUUCUCUCUCUUACCAGUUCAUUCUCUCUUUUAUUGUCUAUCUCUCAUGUUAACUCAUUGUUUCUGUCUGUCUCUCUCAUUGAUUCAUCUGUUCUUUCUCUCUUUUAUUAAUUCCUUCUUUCUUUGUCUGUCUGUUUGCCUCUCUCCCUCAUCAGUUCACUCAGAUAUUUUUUUAUCGAUCUCUUUCAUUGGAUCAUUCUUUCUGUUUGUCUCUCAUUCUCUUUCACUAGUUCACACUGUCUCUUUUUCUCUCUCUCUCUCUAUUGUUUACCAGCUUUCUCUGUCACUCUCAAAUCAGCUCACUCUUCCUCUCCAAUUUGAGUUUUCUGUUUAUCAGUUUCACUCACAAGUUAACUUUCUUUCUCUUUAUUACACUCUCUUUUUCUGUUGUUUACUAACUCACUAUUUCUGUCUGUCGGUCACUCUAUGUUGCUUACCAGCUUGCUAUUUUUGUCUGUCUCUCUCACCAGCUAAUUCUUUCUUUUUCACUAACUCACAGUUUUUCUCUGUCUCUUUCAUCACACUUUCUCUCAUUCUCUCUUACUUGCUUACUAGCUCUCUAUUUCUAUCUUCCUCUUUCACUUGUUCCCUCAUUAAUUUACUGUCUUUCUCUCUCUAUUGCCAACCAGCUCACAAUUUCCAUGUUUCUCUCUCACCAGCUUACUCUCUCUAUCUGUCUAUCUCUCAAUACCUCACUCUUUCACUCUUCAUUUUCCUUUCUUUCCCUUCUCUAUCUCUCAUCCUCCUCCUCUUCUCUUUCUCUCUCUCUCUCUCUCUCAUUUCCUUUCUUGUUCUGUCUGCUCCUUUUUUCUUUCUCAGUUCCUUUUUUCUCUCUUUCUUUAAUUCUUUUACUUUUCUCUAUCUCUUUGCUGCCAUUUUACAAGUUGCUCUUUACUUUUUGAGCAGAUUGUUUACAAUGCUUGCAAACACCUCCCUCUCCUGA